AUGUGGACCACUUAUUACAUCUUAAUAUCUCUGAUCAUCCAUCAGACCAUUAACGUGGAGAGCAGUGGAAGUAAAAGACAUAAGAGGUACUUACUGUUUACGACGGCCACGCAAUGGGGGGUGUUCUUGACGAUAUCCAUACCCCUGCACCCAGAGACAACUGUCAGUGUCGCUUGGUUCUUCGAAGCAAACUACUACACCGUAGCCAACGCUACCUACUUCGAACCUCUGCUUGGAGAUAUAGACACGAUGUCGAGGAAGAAACAAGAACGCAGCAUUGAGAAGCCAAAACAAAUACUGACGCGGAGUCGCCUUUAUACAUUUAUUGAAUCCAUGCUGGAAAAACACGGAUACCCAGGUCGCCCCUGCCUUCUCCGCGCAAUCUGUGAGAACUCUACAUCGCAUUUUCUACAUAACGGGGUCUUAGGCGACGUACUACACCUGAUGCUUACACCAUCAACGUCAAUGUCAGAAGAGGAGCUAGAAGAUUGUUACUACGAAGCAGAAUACCUAGGACUGGACAACCAAUGUGGAAGCUUCGAGAAUGAGUGCCCCUCCAGCCCUUUAGAGAUGAUUUCCAUGAAGUUUGAGGACUUUUUAUGA